GCUCGUUGAACAGACCCCCAAGGACAGUGCCGCGCUAAACCAAAGCGAACCCCCCCCCUCGCCUCCGCCGCAGGACGUGCAGCGCGUCGGAUCCCUCUGCAGCACCGCGAGCCCAACCGCCAGUCAGUCAGGCCAGCAGCAUGAGCGACCAAGUGUCCGACGACCUGCUCUGGUCGCUAGACAACUUGAUCAAGAAGGAUGCCGGCGCCGACGUGGAGGCCGACGCGGACCUCGUGCGCGCGAGCUUCUACACGCAGGACAACAUGCUGGGCUGCUCCAUGAUCGGCAGCGACCUGGUCUUCGGCCGCCGCGAGUCCGUCAAGCUCGCGCAGGAUGACAGCCACGCAAUGGGAGGGUACGGGCGACCCACGGGCUUGAUGGGCUACGGCAUCGAGGAGGACGAACUGGACGACGACGUGACAAUCGAAGAGCGCAUUCCCGCCACUUUCAGCGCCACGCAGCCCAGCAGCAACAUCAGCUACCCUCGACACUCGUCGAGCCAGCACAGCUUCAGCGAAGACACGGACAGGUCCUUCUCGUUUGCGUCCGAGGAGGAGUUCAACAUGGGCAACAUACCGGCGCCCUCGCCGCAUCGGAAACAAUCGACGAGACGAAUGAGUGAUGGCGAUCAGGACACAUACGAGCAGCGCAUCGAGGCGUCGCUUGCUGGGUUCAUCACCCAGUCGCUGAAUAUCGAGUCGCGCAUGGCCGCGGAGCAGCUCGCGGACCGACCGUUUACGAUGAGUGAUCUUGCGCACUUCAACCCGCAGUUCGGACGGGAUAUUUAUCUUAAACGUCUAGGACAGAGUCUGCAGGAGCAGGAAGGCGAAGGGAAGUCCCUCGCUUCGUAUCGAAGGUCUACUCUGCAGCGAAUGUCCACGCCGUCGGACAUUAUUCGGCAGGGGUGGAUUUUGAAGCGCGGCGAGGUUGUUCCAAGCUACCGGAAACGCUGGUUUACGCUGCGUCGGAUGCCGCAAGGCCCGAUGCUGACGUACGCCAAGGACAACACGGAGGGAGCACCGUCGAAGAUUAUUGAUCUCAGCUCGACAUCGCGCUGCCUCGUCGUCACCGGCAAGAACGCGAAGGAGCACGAAUUCAAAGUCAUGACAUCGGCAGAUUCCUCACGACGUGAACACUGCAUGGUUGCAGCCUCUGGCUACGAGAUGACGCAGUGGGUGGUUGCGAUCCAAGCUGCAAUUAACUCGGGAAAUUGCUCGACGUUUGAUGGGGCGACCGACUUCCAGCAGCUUUGGCAUGAAGCAGGAAUCCAGGGUUUUUUAGUUCGUUAUGGUGUGCGCAAGUGCAGCUCGCGGAAUCGACUUCAAACUCGAGUCCUCGAGCUUAACUUUGCUGAGCAGACACUCACGAAUUCGCGGCGAGGUGAGACGCUUACGACAUUUCACUUCACAGACAUUCGCGGCAUUUCGGCGAGUAGCAUACGCUCGAGCGGUGAGGAGCAUGGGAUUAGUAUCGACUUCCACGGUCGACACCGGUCCUGGCCAAUUUUCUUGGAUUCUGUGGAGGCUCGAGACGAUUUGUUCGCGAUCUUGCAGCGAAUUGUGGACAACGUGGUGACUGGCGCGGACCUGGAGAAACGAUCUUCUCGCUUGACGCUGAAGACUGGCCAUCUCGAGACGAAAAACGCGGGGCCCCACGCUACGUUGCGCGGCCGGUUGUUUGUCUGUCUUCAUGAAAACUGUAUCGUAUUUUAUCCUGCGGACGGAGACACCACAACGCGCCCGUGGUAUGUCAUCGCCUUAAAGGGACUUCGACUGUCGGUCCGAGAGGAAAAGCGGAUGCUUUAUGUUGGUCGGCUGGCGUUAGGAUGCUCGUCUUCUAUUGAAUGUCGUGCCUGGUAUGAUGCCAUUUCUGCGGCUAUGGUUCUACCUUCAGAGAUCAUCGAAAUCGAGCUGAAGGAGAGAGCGAAGAUCCGUGGCGUCUUCCAUGCGUGUGUGUCUCGGCUGCGAAAAUUGCUCAAAGCAAAAGUCACGCCCGAAACAAAUGGACCGCCGAAAGACCAGAAGACGGUUAACCUGAUGAUCACCAAGCUGUGGGAACUCGUGUUCCCGGGUGAACCGUUCACGUCAAACACCGAUCCGAAGUGGUUGGAGAUUGGCUUCCAAAGAGGAGGCCCGGCGUCUGAUCUUCGGUCCAGCGGUUUGCUUGGACUCUACUGCUUAAUCUUCUUUGCUAGCUUUCCUUCUAGCGAGUUCCAGCGAAUCCUGAAACGCACGCGGCAUGGUAGCGUCAGCAAGUCGAGAUCAUCAAUUCGACCGAACACAUUCUCAUCGUCGCGGCCAUUAAGUGAGUAUGAUUCGUGGGAAGAAAUCGUCGAUGAGCCGCAGAACCACGUCUUCGAGACUAUCUUCUGCCUGCUUUUCCCGGUCCUCGACUCGCUUUUUGUUGAAAUGGGAGCGGGAUACAUGGAGUUCGGCCAAGUCACGAUCGCGUUCCGACGCCGAGUAAACGAGAUUUUCAACGCCCAGCCAAGGUCACUGAAAGAACUUCAAAAUCUGGCGAGCGAGCCGUGCACAGGUACCCUUGCUGUGCCAACGGUGUUGGCACCUAAGCAGCACAAGAUCAGCAAGCUUCGUAUGGGCAAGAAAAUAGUGUAA